CUAGUCUUAUAAUUACAGGUGAAAUAAUGUUCUAUAUUAUAGGAUUGGGUCUUGGCGAUGCUAAAGACAUUACUGUGAAAGGAUUGGAAAUAAUUAAAAAGUGUGACAGAGUUUACCUUGAAUCCUACACUUCCCUACUAACAGUGGGACAAGAAGAAUUAGAAAAAUUUUACGGAAAAAAAAUAAUCCUAGCCGAUAGAGAAAAUGUUGAGCAAGGGUCUGAUGAUAUUAUGCAAGGAUCUGAUAAAGAAGAUGUAGCUUUUCUAGUGGUAGGUGAUCCUUUUGGUGCUACAACUCACACAGAUAUUGUUCUUAGAGCUAAAGAAAAAGGAUACAAAUGUCAAGUUAUCCACAAUGCUUCAAUUCUAAAUGCUGUUGGAUGCUGUGGUCUACAGCUUUAUAAUUUUGGAGAAACUGUUUCAAUACCCUAUUGGAAUGAUGAUUGGAAACCUGAUAGUUUUUAUGACAAAAUUAAAGGAAAUAGGCUUAGAGGACUUCAUACACUUUGUUUAUUAGAUAUUAAAGUUAAAGAACCAACUCUAGAAAGUUUAACAAAGAAAAAGCGUGAAUAUGAACCACCAAGAUUUAUGAAAACGUCAGAAGCAGCUGAUCAACUUCUUCAGAUUGUUGAGAAGUUAAGAAGCAAUGAAAUACCAGAUGCAGACUUAGCUUAUUUUGAAGAUACAACAUGUGUUGGACUAGCCAGAAUAGGCUCUGAAACGCAGGCUAUUAUUAUGUGCUCCCUAUCAACAAUGAGGAAAACAGACAUGGGUCCACCUUUACAUUCAUUAAUAAUACCAGCAGAAAUUUUGCAUCCUGUGGAACAAGAGUAUUUGGACCAAUUCAAAUUAAAACAAUGAUAAAUAAGUGCAGUAAAUAUUUUAUUCACAUUUCAGUUUAUAUUA